AUGUCUCACGCGAAAGCCAUCCGGCGCGAGAGCUCGGCGGAGUUGCCCGGGAGGCGGUGCGUCUGCCGAGCCCGAGCCCCGAGCGUGCGGGGCCGGCGGGUCACCGACUUCGGCUUCGCGAAGAUGUCGGUGUCGAGGUGGCGGGGGAGCUCGCCAGUGGCGACAGCUGCUCUGCCCGAGUCGGCCAUUCCAGCCGUGGACCACAUGCCGUCCCAGGGGUCGAAGGCAUCUCGGCUCGAUGUACCCGCCCAGAGCAGGGCGUCGUCGAGGCGGCCCUCGAGGCGGCAGGGAGACCAGUCGGUCGACUUCUGCGCGAUGUGCUCGGGCUCGGGGCAGUCGGCCGAGAGCCCCAACGCAAGGAGAGUGGGGUUCGAUUUCGGGGAAAUGAGCGAUCAAGUCGGGCCUGCUACGACAGAGUCCUCGAGCAUAUACAUUCGACCCGGGUCCACGCUGAAAUCCGUAAUGACUGUUGGAGUCGGCACUUUGCAGUGGAUGGCACCAGAGAUCAUGAGCGGCAGCACAGACUACACCGCGAAGGUGGACGUGUAUGCUUUCGGCAUGCUCCUCUUCGAGAUAAUGUGCCGCGAGCCGCCUUUCGUAGACUUCGAGAAGGGUGAGCUUCAGGCGUUGGUCACGAAGGGGGUGCGACCAGAAGUCCCGCCGGAGGUGCCAAGAUUCUACAUCAGGAUGUCGGAGUCCUGCUGGGACUCCGACCCCGAGAUGCGGCCCGACUUCGGCUCGCUGAUCUUGGAUCUGCAGGAGUACGGGCAGCUGAAGUUCAGGUUGACCCGUUGA